AAUUCUGUGAGGAAAGAUUUUUAAAUUUGACGAGAUUUGUUUUCUCGACGUUGUAUAAAUGAAAUUUUAAAUAAGGUGGUGAUUGUUACAAUUAGUUGGUUUAGGGGAGCAGGGGGAUACCCGUGGGGGGGUUGGGACGGACUGGUUUUUGGACAGUUUAUAAUUUGACACAUUUAUAAUUUUUUUAGAGUCGUGAUUUAUUAACGUAAACAAUAACAUUGAACAUUAAAUUCUCGUAAUUCUCAUGGAGAGACAUCGUUCAGUUCAAAAUUGAUGUCUAUUCGGACAACUCACAGUCUUUAUGCUGUUAAGUCAGUCCCUCACUUCGUGGAAUGUUUUAAUUGUGUAGUCCCUCACUUCGGUCUGUCAUCUGUGAUUUAAUCUUUGUCUGUGGAGAUGGAGACGGAUACUAACACGCACCUGGAUGAGGAGUUGGAAGAAGAUAAGCUGUGGGAAGACUUCUUGCAAACUUUCCAGCGUCAAGAACUAACAUUGUACAGUGAUGAUGAGGGGGAUGAAGAAUUUGAAUGCGAAUAUUCCUCAUCUUCUGGCAGCGAGUCUUCUGCGAACUCUUCUGAUGGGGACGAAGGCGAAAGCGGUGAUACUGGUUCCGACUCAUACGGUUCUGAAUGUUCUGACGAUCUUCCAGGAACUUUUCCAUACAUGGAUUCCGACUCUGAUGAUGACUCAGAUCCUGACGAUCAAGAUACUAUUGCGUAUAGCAGCUGGGUCAACGGGUUGAAUGGAUUUGCUCCAGAGGUCCAAGUUAUCACGCUGGACGAUGAUAGUGAAGACGAUAUAGCUGGAGAAAUGCGUUGUUUACGCUGUCCCGAUGGACCGGCAUCGGUAUACAAGGACAAGAAUUUAUUCCUCCUUCACCGCGAGCGUCACAAAGGAAAAAAUCAUUUUGUCUGUCCGACAUGUUUAAAGCCGUUCAUACAAAUAAGUUACUGUUUUGCUCAUGAAAUCAGACUUCACAACUUGGAGCUGAAUUCGCUACAAAAUCCAGUACUUUUUGAAGCUAAUCGGUAUCGGGCCAUGAAACUGGAAUGGGAAUUAGAGCAAGAAAAAAUUGCUCAGGCGGAAGGAGGUAAUCUAAAAUCUCCCACCAGUAAGUGCAAAGUUGAGAAGGCGCCAGCUACUUUUGAGGAUGAUGCCGAUUUUUUUACCCAAAUCGACUCACCCGAUGACGGUACUGCGUCACCACCCCCACCGAAAAUUACAAAAGACACUGAUAUUAUCAAGACACCGUAUUGCACUAAUUUUACUGGUCUGGUUCUCUACCCUGAAGAGGGUGAGUAUGAGACCGACGAUGAUGAUCCCAAAUUUUACCCGGAUCAUGCAGUCCCCAGCACAGCGCUGUAUCCCUAUAGGGGUGUCGAACCAUUGUCAAUCUACGACUGUUAUGAAAUUCAUCUCCGCUUUGGGAGGAAGAAAAGAACGGCAGCCAGUACCAUUGCUAGGUGCGCCAUGGCACGUAGGCGACGGUUAAUUGAAGAGGGAAAAAUUGCCGAGGACGAUAUUGGUCGUUUCUGGAAACCUCCCAAGUUUAAUCGACCCCCAGGAUCAACGAACGGGCAUUCAAAUUCCACUGCUAUCACUGCCGGUGGCAGAGCCCCCAGAAAACGGGGUCGAGGGUCUUUGAUUCAUCUAAAUAGCGAGGCGUCGUCAUCUAUAACUGGUACUUCAAGCACUGUCAUCAACGGUAGUCGGAAGAGGAAGCAACGCUCCCCCAUCGAAAAUGGUAUUGACAAAGUUAAAAAACGUCCACCCAUUGCAAAGAAAACAAUGCAAGAAACACGACGUAAAAAGAAACCACUUGUCGUGUCCAAGAAAUUGGCACCAGUUGACGUCAAAGGCAGAACGUUUGUUGCUGGGAUUAUUGCUAGAACCUGUCUAAUCUGUGGAUUUUUGUGGACAUCAGAAGCUGAACUGAAAGCACACAGAGAUGAAUUACACCCAAAGAAGACUGUACUCGAAUUGAUGACCCUGACCAAAAACCCAACCAAAUACGAUUAUAAAGAGAAAUCUGACCCAGUGUUGGAUGAAUCUAAUGCAACCAAAAAACGUUGUCGACUUCAAAAUGAGGCAAAACAAAUAAAAUCCAUUCCAAUCCCAUUGCCAAGUCCAAAAGAGGACUUUCUCUCCAAUCUCGGGUUGAUUACUAAGGAACAAAGGGUUUAUUUGGAAUCCCUACCGAAACCAAUUCGUGGAAAGCUAUGUUACGUCACCAUGAUUGAUCUGCCGGAGGACAUAAUCUCAGAGUUAAUGUGUGACGGCAAAGUUUAUACCUGUCCAAAGAGCAACUGUGAUUUUUACGCUAAAACUCGAAAUAUCGUCAAACUACACGUCCGGUCCAAGCAUCGUGCCUGGGCACUAAGAAAUAAUGUCGAAUUAUAAAAUAAAUAAGGACGCGAUAUGGUAUAUUUUUAUAAUUAAUAUUAGUAAUUAAAAGUGCUGCGUUUAAUGCACUUUUCGCAUCGUCGCGUCGCUAGUCAGAAGAUAAAGGGAAGGCUAUUUUGGUGCUAAGAAAUGUAUUAUUAUUUAGCACCAUAAUCUCAAAAAAUUGUGAAAUCGGAUUGACAAUUUUUUGACAAAAUAUUUAGUCUAUUGAUUUACUGUGAAAUGAACUGAAAAUUGUGAUUUAGUUAAUUGUGUCUAUUUAUGUGUGAUUAAUUGUAAUGAGUCGAAUUUGAGUUAAUAACUACGAAAUUAAUAACAAAAUAAAGGUAAUCGCAACAAUUUGAAAUUAAAAA